GUCUCCCGCUCGCCUCAUCUGUGCAAGAUGUUCCUCUCGACCAAGUCCGUCGUCGCCGCUAUCCUGGCGCUUUCGGGAAGCAUCUCGAACGUCCUCGCCGCGAGCCGCUACAUUGCCUACCACGAGUCGUGGUAUUUCUACGACAACCAGAACCAGCCCUACACGCUCUCGCCCCUGGCUGCCUCCAAGUACACCCACAUCAACUAUGCCUUUGCCACCGUGCACUACCACCCUGCCACGGACCAGUACUAUGUUGGCUUCACCGAUGCUUAUGCUGACUACCAAGCUUGUGUUGGCACCUCUUGCCCGACCGAGUGCAUCCCCGUCCCGGCCAACAAGCAGUGCACCGGCGGCAAGGUCGCCAUGGUGCCCUACAUCGGUGCCUCUGGCGCUUGCCCCAACACCCAGUGCUUCAACCCCUCUGGCGCCCCUGGCUCGCCCCGUGUUCCCCAGUGCGAGUCUGUCCUGGACCCCAACUCGAUCCAGACCGACGCCAACGGCAGCCCCGUCAUCUGCGGCAACCUGGCCUACGUCCUGAAGAAGCUCAAGCCCGCCAACCCCAGCAUCAAGUUCCUCAUCUCGAUCGGCGGCUGGUAUGACUCGAACCUGUUCUCGGCCGCCACCGAGGACAAGUACAUCGAUGCCUUUGUCAACAGCAUUGCCAAGUUUGUGCAGUUCUUUGGCUUUGACGGUGUCGACUAUGACUGGGAGUAUCCCGGAUGGGAGCACGGCGGCGAGCCCGUCAGCCCCAGCGCCCCCUCGGGCACCGGCAACUCUGAGAACACCUACGACUGCUCCAAGACCACCUGUGCCUACCCCGCCCGCAACGACGACAAGCGCAAGUUCAACAACCUGCUCAUCAAGACCCGUGCCGCCCUCAAGAGCCUCGGCAAGACCCCCAGCGGCAGCGACUACCUCAUCUCCAUGGCUGCCCCCGCUGGCGACGACAAGAUGAACAAGCUCGACAUCCCCACCAUCUGCAGCAACCUGGACUAUGUCAACAUCAUGACCUACGACAUCCACGGCGAGUGGGAGUCCACCACCAACCACCAGGCGCCCAUCUACGACGACACCCCUCCCAGCAACCCUCCCAACCCCAUCCCCGAGACCUCGGUCGACUAUGCCGUCAAGUACUGGGCCAAGGGAUGCCCCUCGGACAAGAUUGUCGUCGGCAUUCCCUUUUACGGCCACAAGUGGGUCAGCGUCGCCGCCGGCACCACCAACGGACUCUUCCAGAAGGGCUCUGCUCCCCAGGGCGACGGCAGCACCAACUACAACGCCAUCAUCAAGGACACCACCCUCACGACCUACUGGGACCCCGUUGCCCAGGCCAGCUGGGCCUUCAGCCCCUCCGGCACCUUCAUCUCGUACGACUCUCCCCAGGCCAUCCAGGCCAAGGUUGCCUAUGUUGCCCAGAACAACCUUGGUGGAUUCAUGGUCUGGCCCAUUGACGGCGAUGACUCGAACGACACUCUCCUGAAGGCCCUCACCAGCAACAACCCCGUCCCUCCUCCUCCUCCCCCCGUCUCCACCACCACUACCACCACCACCACUACCCCUGUCAAGACCACCACCACUACCACCACUACCCCUGUCAAGACUACCACCACCACCACCACCACUACCACCACUACUACUACUACCACUACUCCCGUCAAGACCACCACCACCACCACCCCUAUCAAGUCCACCACCACCAAGUCCACCAAGACUUCCACCACCACUACCACCACCCCCGUCAAGACCACUACCACUACCACCAGCAGCGCCCCUAGCCCCACCAACGGCAACCCUACCGCCAACACUCCCUGCUCGACCUUUGGCACUUACAGCUGUGGCUCCGCCAAUGACAUCCUGAUCUGCUUCAACAACGUCUGGACCUCGAUCGGCUCCUGCCCCUCCAGCCAAAAGUGUGUGCCCGGACCUUUCGUCUGUGCCUAAAUCUCCCCCAACUUUCAGAUUCACACCUCCCUUCGCCCCUCGCCCCUCUCCCCUCUCCUCUUUCCUGCUGUGUAACUCCGCUUGUAACUAUUCUCAGCUGCUGUGAUAUUGAUAUUUGGGUGUUCUCAAUAAUGUGCGUCGCUAGCUGAGCACCGGCUGUUUGCUGGCCCGCUUACAGUCAAUCCAAUAAAAAAAC